AUGAAAGUUAUUAGUAAAGUAACAGGAAUUCUUUGGCGAAAUGCAUCUCUAGAAGAGAAGGAAGUUUAUGAGAGAUUGGCGGAUGUUGUUAAUGAAAUUCAUGUUCAACGUCAUAAUAUAUUAUAUCGACAAUAUCAACAACAAGAAGUGCUUGGUGACGUUUUACCAUUAUCACAAUCAUCAACAUCAUGUAUAUCCACACCUUUAAGACCAAUGGCUUACAAGCCCUAUCAGAUCCCUUCCCCUCCAUUUUAUAAUG